CUAGAGAUUAAGCAACUGGUGGGUUGUGAUCCGGCCUUGAGUCUUUUUCCACACCCAACGCAGAAAACAGACAAGGAGGAUUGCAGAAGUGAAGCCAUCAAAUCAUCAGCCAUGAAUGUAGAAGAAGAGGUCGAGCGUCUCAGAGAAGAAAUCCAGAGGCUCGGCAAGCUCCAAGACGAUGGUUCUUACAAGGUCACAUUUGGGGUGCUAUUUAAUGAUGAUAGAUGUGCAAACAUAUUCGAAGCGUUGGUUGGGACGCUAAGAGCAGCAAAGAGGCGAAAAUUUCUCACAUACGACGGUGAGCUACUGCUGCAGGGUGUCCAUGACAAUGUGGAGAUCAUACUCAAACCAAAACCGGCAGCAGCGGCAGAGGCAACUACUGCAGUGCCAGUCGGGACAAGUUAGAAGUAUCAUGCACCUGUUUCAAUUUCAUGUAUUGUCUGUGUGAAAGAGACUGUAAAAUACUUUUGAGAGACCCAUACUUGCCAGUUGAGUUGCCUCCAUCUACUUGUAUGCUUCCAGUAAUUUAAUGUGACAGUGUUCAUUUCAA